UGUUGUCUUUUCCUUUUUCGCACACGUUCACAACAAAAUUUCAUUUGUUUUCUUGUUUUUUCAAUUUAAAAACGGUAAUUAUUGUGUUUUAAGUUUCUAUUUUUCAGCAAAACACUAUUCUAAUUUUGGCCAUAGGUUACAAUGGCAGUGACGGACAAAAAAUCGAAAAAGGCCAUGGAAAGUAUCAAUUCCAGGCUGGCCUUAGUCAUGAAAUCUGGUAAAUAUCAUUUUGGCUACAAACAAACAUUGAAGGCACUUCGAUUGGGCAAAGCAAAAUUGGUUAUAAUAUCGAACAAUACGCCUCCACUUCGAAAAAGUGAAAUCGAAUACUAUGCUAUGUUGGCUAAAACUGGUGUCCAUCAUUAUUCGGGCAACAACAUUGAAUUGGGUACCGCAUGCGGUAAAUACUUUCGUGUCUGUUCAUUGACUAUCACCGACCCGGGCGAUUCUGAUAUCAUCAAAAGCAUGCCCUCGGAAGCUCAAUAGACCUACUUUUUAUCAUAAAUUUAAACGAAUAAAAUUUUUUUUUAUUUGAG